GGCCCCUGAGCCUCCUGGACUCCAGUGUGGAAAGCUGCCUGUUUCAAACCAAACCAGGUCGUGUGGGAUAACGAUUUUCUUUCUCUCUCUUUCUUUCUUGGCACUCAUGGCCAAGUUAAAAUAACGGAAAAGAAAUGCACAUGCGCGUUGGUUUUGAGCUCCAUCGGAGGCGCCAUUGCUUCACUGCGACUGUAGUUCAACUUUUCCUCCCCACACAUGGAAAGUCAGUUAUGCGGAGGUAAUAAAAAGACUCCAAGCCCCAGCCCCAGCCCCACCGUCGCUGCUCUUUCUCUCGCCAGGCACAGGGGGGAGUAGUCACAGCUGGAAGCAUAAUAAGAUGCGCAUGAAUUUACAAUCAUCUGGAAUCAACGAUAAGAGAGUAGAAAUGGACUGCUCGGGAAGCCUGUGCGCGCGCGGGUGUCAGACAAAAGUUGCCGUUUGUUGUCGUUUGUAGGACGCGACGCUGCGCUUCGGUGCGUUUCCUCCACACACACACACGCACACACACAAGAGAAAAAAGGAGCAGAAUAUUCAAAGCUCAGGCGCCGCUGCCCGCAGUUGAUGGAGUUCACAAGUUUCUUCAGUCCGCGCACAAUGGAGAGAAAAGCGCCCUUCGCCGACUGUGAAGGUUUCCUGUGGUCAGAGUGGAUUACUGACUUCAGUAAGAAGAGGGAACGCCAGUCCAGGUUAUGAAGUUUGCGGCAGCGACUUUACGGCACAAGCCUGUGGACCGUUCCAAGACUUCUACCUUCUUCUCGCUUAAUGAGUGUGCGGUGUGUGAAAUCCGGCGGGCUGACAGCGCCUCCACGUUGCUAUUGGAAGAAAACCAAUGUCUGCCUCCUCUCCCCCGUCCUUACCUCGAGCCUUCGUCCACUCUCUCCCUCCGCCCGGACCGCUCUACACGCGGCUGUCCAACGGCAGUCACAGCGCCCCCAGCCCCACCAACUCCCGCAGCUCUUUCCAUGGAGUGUCCUUCCUGCUGCAGAUCGGACUGACCAGAGAGACGGUGAACCUGGAGGCCAAUGACCUGUCAUUGUCUGCUGUGAAGGACCUUGUGUGCUCUAUAGUGGACCAGAAGUUCCCAGAGUGUGGCUUCUUCGGCAUGUACGACAAGAUCCUGCUGUUCCGCCACGACCUAAGUGACGAGAACAUCCUGCAGAGGUUGACCUCGGCAGAAGACAUCCACGAAGGAGACCUCAUUGAGGUGGUGCUCUCUGCUCAAGCCACGGUCGAAGACUUCCAGAUCCGACCUCAUGCCCUUUUCGUUCACUCCUACAAGGCCCCCACCUUCUGCGAUUACUGCGGGGAGAUGCUGUGGGGUCUGGUGCGGCAGGGCCUCAAAUGUGAAGGAUGCGGGCUGAACUACCACAAGCGCUGUGCCUUUAAGAUCCCAAACAACUGCACUGGUGUCAGGAAGCGGCGGCUGUCCAACGUCUCGCUGCCGGCGCCGGCGCUCUCCGUCCCGCGGCCGGUGCCUGCCGAGAAUGCCGUGGUCGUCCUGGAAGAGAGGUCUCAUCAGGAGGCAGGGAAGCGGAUCCUGUCGUGGAGUGGUCGGCCUAUCUGGAUGGAGAAGAUGGUGCUGGGACGAGUUAAGGUGCCGCACACCUUUGCCAUUCACACCUACACUCGGCCCACGAUCUGCCAGUACUGCAAGCGUCUGCUCAAGGGUCUUUUUCGCCAGGGCAUGCAGUGUAAAGAUUGCAGAUUCAACUGCCACAAGCGAUGUGCGUCAAAGGUACCGAGGGAUUGUCUCGGUGAGGUGGACUUCAACGGAGAGCCGGCCAGUCCAGGCCCAGAUUCAGACACCACCAUGGACACGAUGGAGGUGGACAGCAACGAUAUGGACGGCGGCAGAGGACUGGACGACUCAGAGGAGCCGUCGACACCAGAGGAGAGGAUUUUUGACAUGGACUCUCCUUUUUUGGACAGAGAGAAAGAUGAAGAACCGAUCAAGGCUAUUAGUCCGUCCACCAGCAGCAACAUCCCUCUCAUGCGGGUGGUCCAGUCCAUCAAGCACACCAAGAGGCGGAGCUCCACUCUCGUGAAGGAGGGCUGGAUGGUACACUAUACGAGCAGGGACAACCUGCGCAAGAGACAUUAUUGGAGGCUGGACAGCAAGAGUCUGAGUCUCUUCCAGAACGACACUGGAGCCAAGUUCUACAAAGAAAUCCCUCUGUCCGAGAUCCUCCAGGUGGAGCAGUCCAGAGACUACAGUCAUCUGGCCCAGGGCAGCAACCUCCACUGCUUUGAGAUCAUCACAGCGACGAUGGUCUACUACGUGGGCGAGAACAACGGCAGUCACUACCACAGCCCAGCCCUGGCUGCCUCAGGUGUGGGCAUGGAGGUCGCCCAGGGCUGGGAGAAAGCCAUCAGACAGGCCCUGAUGCCCGUCACGCCCCAGGCCAGUGUGGCCAGUGCUGCUGGACAGGGCAAAGAUCACAAGGAGUUGUCCAUCAGCAUCUCUGUGUCCAACUGCCAGGUCCAGGAGAAUGUGGACAUUGCCUCGGUGUACCAAAUCUUUUCUGACGAGGUGCUGGGAUCGGGCCAGUUUGGCAUCGUGUACGGAGGCAAACACAGGAAGAGUGGCAGAGACGUGGCCAUCAAAGUCAUCGACAAGAUGAGGUUUCCUACCAAGCAGGAGAGCCAGCUGAGGAACGAGGUGGCCAUAUUACAGAAUCUGCACCACCCCGGUAUCGUCAACCUAGAGUGCAUGUUCGAGACGCCAGAGCGGGUCUUUGUUGUCAUGGAGAAGCUGCACGGCGACAUGCUGGAGAUGAUCCUGUCCAGCGAGAAGAGCAAACUGCCCGAGCGGAUCACCAAGUUCCUCGUCACACAGAUCCUGGUGGCCUUGAGACAUCUGCACUUCAAAAACAUUGUUCACUGUGACUUAAAGCCUGAGAAUGUACUGCUGGCCUCUGCAGAGCCCUUUCCUCAGGUGAAGCUGUGCGACUUUGGCUUCGCCCGCAUCAUCGGCGAGAAGUCGUUCCGCCGCUCCGUGGUGGGCACGCCGGCGUACCUCGCCCCGGAGGUGCUGCGCAGCAAAGGCUACAACCGCUCCUUAGACAUGUGGUCGGUGGGAGUGAUCGUGUACGUCAGCCUGAGCGGGACGUUCCCCUUCAAUGAGGACGAGGACAUCAACGAUCAGAUAAAGAACGCUGCCUUCAUGUAUCCACCCACUCCCUGGAGGGACAUCUCCGCAGAGGCCACAGAUCUGAUCAACAAUCUCCUCCAGGUCAAGAUGAGGAAGAGGUACAGUGUGGACAAAUGUCUCAGCCAUCCCUGGUUACAGGACUACCAGACGUGGCUGGACCUCAGGGAGUUUGAGACGAGGCGAGGCGAGCGCUACAUCACCCACGAGAGCGACGACGCGCGCUGGGAGGAGUACGCCGACGAGCACAGUCUUGUCCACCCCAAGCACUUCAUCAUGGCUCCCAACCUGGACGACAUGGAAGAGGAUCCCUAGUGGCCCCGGGGGGGGGGACGGAGUGCACCGUAAAGGAUCGACACAGGGGACUUUUCAUAUGAAGCUUUGGGAGCGCUGGAUUUCCCCCGUCCUGGACUGUUUGUUGUGGAAACAGAAAGAAGCCGAUCAGAUGGAGAAUUACGCUCCGGAGGAGGUUUUUUUAAAGUGGGAACGGUGGCUUGAUGCACUGCUACGAGCAUCGGGCGGGAGGAGGAGGAGGAGGAGGAGGCGCACGCAACUGAAACGCAUUAAAAAAGUGUCACAAGGAGAGGAAGCGUGUUCUCCCUUUUUUUUUUGCACAAUGUCAAAACAUUCCACGGAUUUUCUCGAGAACAAUCACAAGCCAAAGAAAUACACAAGGUGAACUAUAGUUCAUGUACAUACAAUUUAGGUGAAGUAUGUGGCUGUUUAUGUGAAAAAUGAGGUCACAGAGAGAGAGUGAGACAGAGUGAGAGAGUGAGAGAGGGUGAGAGAGGGUGAGAGAGAGUGAGAUCUCAUCCCAGGAGUAAAGGGCACCGUUCACAAGGGAUUCACAGUCUGAGGAUCAAACUCAACUUGAGUUUCUUCUCGUUUCCUAACUGUUUUUGUGAGAUUGUCCUUUGGCAUGAAACUGGAACUAUCACAUGUAUUUUCUAUGUAUUGUUUUUUUUAAUGUAUUUUAGUAAUUGUGGUAGGUUUUUGCACUAUAUUACCAGUGAACGUGGUGAAUGAAUAGAAACACUAUUCACUGCGACGCAGCGGUGACAUCAGGUAUUUCAUUCAUUUAAGUUUUCAUUUCAGUGUUUUCCAAACUAUUUAUCUGAAAUGAGUGUUUGUAUCUGAAGUGCGACAAGGUAAACGUUCAGUAAAUGCAAUAAGGAUGAUAAUAAUACUAGUAAUAAUAAUAAUAAUGGGGCCACUACCUCUGUUCAGCAUGAGGUUAAAAAGCGACAAUAAACUGUGUGUUUUUGAAUGUUCAGAAAGUGUUAAGACCCCUUCACUGUUCUCUGCGUGUUUGCUUUAAGCUAAAAUCCUCAGUCUACACACAGUGUCCCACCAAGCCAAAGCAAAAAAAGACAUUUUAUGCGUAAAAUUGUGUUCAACGUGAAGGUGUUUUCAAUUCUUUAUGAAUGUACUGUAUGUGUUUGUUGCACGGCCGCACACAGCCAACCCAGGUUUAUUUGUUCUUUUAUGUGGAGCUAAAUACUGGGCUCCACUUUCCUUGUUUGUGACGUCGCUGGGACCGUUUUUCACAGCCCCCCCUUUGUCUUGGAAAGAAAGUCCAAUUCGGUUCACAUGGGAGUUUAUAGUGCUACAGUUUUAUAGUGUGCUUUGUUGGUGUGUUUUGGGAGUACAUUCCUGUUUCCUGUUGUCCUUUUCCUGUCUCUGUUGCCGCUGGAUUGGCAGGUGUCAGUGUUUUGUAUAUUUCAGUUCAUACCAAUGGAAUAAAAGAAACCCCAAUUUCUUAAGUGAGAAUGUAAA